GCUGACUGGCGUCUUCCGGGUUGCAGUUUUCCUUUCUUGUUGACGUCUGCGGUCUGAGCGUUUAAAUCAGGCAAACAGCCGAUUUUAUCACUUUCAUUGAACUCUGACGGCUUGGUUGUCAGCCUCCGCGUCCAGGUGCGUUUAUCUGCGUACAUUUAGACGCUGUCGAAGAACCGGAAGUUGCAGAGCUUCAAAGUGGCGGCUCGGGUUCAGGCUCAGACUUGAAGUGCAGGACCCGUCAGCGUUCCUGAGCAGCGCGGCGUUCCUGAGCAGCGCGGCGUUCCUGAGCAGCGCGGCGUUCCUGAGCAGCGCGGCGUUCCUGAGCAGCAGACGUUAGCAGCUUCCUGUCCAGCUGCUCCUGCAGCCAUGAACACGUCUGACAGUGAGGAGGACGUCUACAACGAGCGGUCGGCCCUGGUCCAGUCGGAGAGCCCCGCGGUGCCGUCCUACACGCCGGACUCCGACCUCAGCCCGUCUGAGGACACGCCCGCCAAGAAGGCGGGGGUGAGCAGAAGAGCUCGCCCGGAUGCUGCAGACGGUGGCGGUGAAGCCGGCGGCGCCGGUGACGGUGGCGGCGGCUCUGACCAGGAAGUAGACGCUGACGAGGAGGAGCUGACCCUCAAAUACGGAGCGAAGCAUGUCAUCAUGUUGUUCGUCCCCGUCACCCUGUGCAUGGUCGUGGUGGUCGCCACCAUCAAGUCCAUCAGCUUCUACACCGAGAAGACGGACCAGCAGCUGAUCUACACUCCGUUCACAGAGAACACCUCCUCGGUGGGCCGGCGGCUGCUCAACUCCGUCCUCAACACCAUCAUCAUGAUCAGCGUCAUCGUGGUCAUGACCAUUUUCCUGGUGGUUCUCUACAAGUACCGCUGCUACAAGUUCAUCCACGGCUGGCUCAUCAUGUCCUCCCUGCUGCUGCUCUUCUGGUUCAGCUACAUGUACCUGGGUGAGGUAUUUAAGACGUACAACGUCGCUGUGGACUACCCAACGGUGGCCAUGAUCAUCUGGAACUUUGGGGCGGUGGGGAUGAUCUGCAUCCACUGGAAGGGCCCUCUGAAGCUCCAGCAGGCCUACCUGAUCCUCAUCAGCGCCCUCAUGGCCCUCGUCUUCAUCAAGUACCUGCCUCCGUGGUCGGCCUGGGUCAUCCUGGGAGCCAUCUCCAUAUAUGACCUGGUGGCUGUCCUCAGUCCUAAAGGACCUCUCAGGAUGUUGGUGGAAACAGCUCAGGAGCGCAAUGAGCCCAUCUUCCCCGCCCUCAUAUACUCCUCUGCCAUGAUGUGGACGGUGGGGAUGGCGGGCCCAGCGGACGCUCAGCGAUCGGAAACAGAUGAGGAGGCGGAGCAGAGCGGGGGGAGGGCGGAGCCUCAGAGCCGACGGCCCCAGCUGCCUCCAGAGGACGAGCUGGAGGAGGACAGAGGCGUGAAGCUCGGCCUCGGAGACUUCAUCUUCUACAGCGUCCUGGUGGGAAAAGCUGCUGCGACCGGCGGAGACUGGAACACCACGCUAGCCUGUUUCGUCGCCAUUCUCAUUGGCCUGUGUCUGACUCUGCUGCUGCUGGCCAUCUUUAAGAAAGCUCUGCCGGCGCUGCCCAUCUCCAUCACCUUCGGCCUCGUCUUCUACUUCUCCACCGACUUCCUGGUUCAGCCGUUCAUGGACAACCUAGCUGCUAACCAGUUCUACAUCUGAGACCAGCCCCCCCCUCCAGCUUCUUCCUUGUUGGUGUCCUCGUCAUUGACCUCCUCCCCAUCCUGUUGGACUGCCACCGUCUGUUCAUGUAAUGCAAGGGGACUACUGUGCAGGUCUGGGAGCCACAGGAAGUGAUGUCACAUAUAGAGGAAGCUGGUGUGGACAUUACCUGGUUGACUCUGCUCAGGUGUGCUUGUGGAUCAGAUCACCUGCUGGCUCAUAGAUUAGACGACUUAGAGGUCUCCUGUACUUAUGUGAUGUUUAGUGCUGGCAGGGAUGUUAACCCAGAUUGGCCGACACUGCUGCCAGUCAAAGCAGACACACCCCCAAAUGUUGCUGCUGGCUCAGGUGUCAUCCAGAGAUUCAAGAACAUUCACUGGCUGACAAAUGCUUACCGGGACCUGGAAACACCUCAGAACUGAGGUUACCUGCAGAGUUCACCUGUUUGUUCCGUUUGAAUGCAGGAGUUCAGGUACAGACGUCCAAAGAGUCCAAUAUUAAAAAAACAAUACAGAUGUGG